GCCCAUCCGCCUAAACAGCUAACUUCCUGGUCUCUGCGGGCCUCCUCGAGGGUAGCAGGCCUCCUGGCUGCGAACCCCAGAGCCAUGGGGCGGGAUGCCAUCCUGGACGCUCUUGAAAACUUGACAGCUGAAGAGCUCAAAAAGUUCAAGAUGAAGCUGCUGUCAGUGCCACUGCGAGAGGGCUAUGGACGCAUCCCACGAGGGACCCUGUUGCCGAUGGACGCCAUAGACCUCACUGACAAGCUUGUCAGCUUCUACCUGGAGGCUUAUGCCAUGGAGCUCACAAUGACUGUGCUUAGAGAGAUGGGCAUGCAGGAGCUGGCUAAGCAGCUGCAAACGGUCAUUCAGAAAGACUCUAAAGCUGUGGCGGCUGCAACCAGUGCCCCUCCUCAAAGGGCAGCAGGAGCAGCACAUUUCGUUGACCGGCACCGGCAAGCACUCAUUGCCAGAGUCACAGACAUCGAUGGCGUGCUGGAUGCCCUGUAUGGCUGUGUGCUGACUGAAGACCAGUACCAGGCAGUUCGAGCAGAGACCACCAAUCCAAACAAGAUGAGGAAGCUCUUCAGCUUCUCUCCAGCCUGGGACCUGACCUGCAAGGACUUGCUCCUCAAGGUCCUGAAGGAAAGGCUGCCCUACUUGGUGGCCGACCUGGAGCAGAGCUGAGGUAUUUUCUCCAGCCACAGCCCCUACCCAUCUAGCUCCUAACUUUGUAUACACAAUUAAAAUUAAAAAGUUUGUAUUUGUGUUUUCUCUA